AUGUUCGCGGCAGUUGUCCUCGCAGGCCUUGCCUCCACGGCAAUGGCCUCCUUGGCUGGCAGUCCUCCUCAGUACGGUGCUCCUCAAUACGCUCCUCCGGAAUAUCAGCCACCAGUCUACUCGCCGCCCAAUUGGAACACAACCGCAACCACGAGCUACCCUCCAAAGACGACCACCUCGUCGACCUCCUGUUCGACCACCCCGUCGACCACCUCGUCGACCACCUCGUCGACCACCUCGUCGACCACCUCGUCGACCACCUCUUCGACCACUUCUUCCACCUCCUGUUCGACCACCCCGUCGACUGUCCCGUCGACCACCUCGUCGACCACCUCGUCGACCACCUCGUCGACCACCUCGUCGACUGUCCCGUCGACCACCUCGUCGACUGUCCCGUCGACCACAUCGUCGACUACAACGGUCUACCACUCGUUCACUCCCUCUGUGCCGGUCUACCCAAUUCCAGGGAAGAACACAACAACGCCAGUCUAUCCUACAGCGCCAGUGACUACGACGGAGCGGACCACGGUCUACACGACGACGUGAGUUCAACAUCGCUACAUUUCAGAUGAUCUAGGCUAACGUGAUUAGUUGCCCUGUCACUUCAAAGUACACUUCUGGAACAACAACCCUCACAAGAACUUUGACCAAGACAUCGGUUGUCACGACUACCUACAAGACGACUGCACCGUGCACCACCUCCACCUCCACAACCGCACCCGUCUCCCCAAUAACCAGCGAGACCACCAACCUUACCACCUCCACCAUCUACUCGACCACUGAGAUCACGGUCACCUCCUGUGGUCCUGAGGUCCCCAAUUGUCCCGCCAAAUCGACGGUCAUCACCACCAAGACAAUUCCAAUUUCGACUACCAUCUGCCCGGUCACUACCCCCACGACCACCCCCGAGAAGCCUGUCCCAACUCCCUACUCGCCACCAGCUCCACCUAACGCAAUUACAUACACAACAUCAACUCCACCUAAGCCAACCACGGUCACCGUUGAGACGACUCUGUACAGCACGUACUGCCCAGUCACAGAGACCACAGUCACGAGCGGAACUACCAUCACCAAGACGUACUCGACUUACUCGACGAUCACAAGCGUGGUUACCAAGCCUGUCCCAACUACCUCCACACCACCACCACCACCAGAGUACUCUCCAUCAAGCUCGCCUGUUUCUCCCGUGGCUCCACCAGAGACAACUACCUCCACGCCACCACCACCACCACCACCACCAGCGUACUCUCCAUCAAGCUCGCCUGUUUCCCCCGUGGCUCCACCAGAGACAUCUACCUCCACGCCACCAUCACCACCGCCACCAGUCUACUCUGCACCACCAGCGUACUCUCCACCAAGCUCGCCUGUUUCUCCAGUGGCUCCACCAGAGACACAGACGGUCACUGUUCUCACUGCCGUCCCAUGCCCAACUUGCGUUGAGGGCACGACUGUCUUGACCAAGACCUACGAGCAGCCAACUGCACCGGCUUACUCGCCACCGGCCGUCGUCGUCACUCCGCUGCCAAGCCCACCAAUUUCUACUACCCCGGUCUCCCCGGUCGGCACAGCUCCCCCGGCACCACCGGUCUACGGCGGCGGCAACACCACCGUUCCCGUUCCAUCCAGUCCAACUACGACCUCCCCAGUCAGCUCGACCACCCCAACUACUCCGGUUUCUUACACUGGCGCCGCUUCUGCCCAGAAGCCAAUCAUUGGUCUCCUCGCGGGUGCAGCUGCAUUGAUUGCCCUAGCAUGA